UUGGAUAACGCGUUCAGCGCAUUGGGGCGUGGAAUGCGUCUCAUAUUACAUUAGCUGGCUGCAUUCGUUUAAAGUGCCUUCGAAGCUCAAGGGAAGACCUCGCCUUAAUACCAGCAAUGGCUUACACUGUUUUCGUCAUUCUUGCGUCGAGUUGGUCUUUGUUUUUAACUGCAGUUGCUGACGACUGCGAGAGCUACUUAACUAGUGGUACCUACAAGCCGUCCACAGAUUGCCAAUUUAAUGAGUUCUGUUGCGGUAGCUGCGAACACCGAUACUGUUGUUCUAAUGAAGUCCACAAACUAGACGAUGACAAGUGCCACUUCCAAGCGAUGAGCUCCGUAACCAUUGCCUCUGUUAGUGUGACUACAGUCGUCUUCAUUAUAUUCCUCAUAACCUGCUGUGUGUGUCCAUGCUGCUGCCUGUACAAACUCUGCCAAAAACCCAGGCCGGUGAUGGCAACACACACAACCACAGUGAUAAGUAGCCAGUAUCCACAGCAACAGCCUCCGAAUUCCGGAGAUCAGUAUCCACCAUACCAGUCUGUUCCAGCACAGCCAGGCUACAGUGCCCAACCUGGGUAUGGAGGACAGCUUGCUGCCCCAUAUCAAUAUCCAGGACAGCCAUACACACCGGGACCCCCUCCCCCAUAUAAUGAGAGUGUGGGUCCCCGAUAUCCUGCUCCUUACAGCCAGGCUGCAUAUGAUGGCCAGCCCCCAUAUCCUCUCCAACCACCUCCGCAGCCGGGCUAUGCGCAGCCGCCUGGCCCAGCAGACUACAGUGGCUCUCAGCUCCCCUACAAUCCUGCUUACGUAGAGCCAUCAAAGACCGGAUACUAAACCACAACCAUGUACCACGAAUCUCUGCUGGAUUACAGAUGCUUACAUACUUCCUCUUGGUUUUACUUAAAAAAAAAAACAAAACAACAAAUUCUGUAUGUUCUAUAUUUACCGUGGUCAGCAUAGAGGACUAUUUUCCCAUCUUGGCCACUUGCAGUUCCUCUUGUGGCAAGUCCUGUUUAAAAUGUUUGUUGCAGACUGCAUAGUAAUCCAUACAUAUUCAUGACCAGAGGUCGCAAUUUGAGCUUUUCUGUUUUGGGAGUUAAAAGGAAUAGGUCAGGUCCAAGAUUGAAAACCAGAACACUGGUGCUUUGGUUGUUCAUUUGUUUUUUUUUGUUUUUUUUGAACAUCCAAAUCUUUUCAUCCUAGGUUAUUCCUUAGCGUUGCCUCUGGAGUAGCCCCACUGAGUAGCUCAAAGCCCUGGCCUUUUGUAGGGGGGGCAUGUAGCUGAGAUCUAAACUUUACUCCUGAUUGAGCCAUAGGGUGUCAGUCUUGUUUUUAAGACUUUGCCAGUAAGCAUAUCGAGCCAUCCACGGUUCAUAUACAGUUGGCAUUCUUGGUAUAUUACAAGUACUUGCUGUAGUAGCUAUGCAAGCCAUAAGUGUAACAAAUGCUUGCCUGUUAAUGACUGACCAGAUUAUAUGAUUUAAAAUAUGGAAUCAUAUAAUCCCUUUAGUAAUUAGCAGGCAGGCACGCACAUUUUGUGCUUUAAGAUUGCUUGGCUAAUACUUUAGCAAACUGGUUGUAGUUAUGUCUGUAGUUGAUCAUUUUUGGUAUAGUUUUGGGUGUUGCUUUAGGUCUCUGAAUAUUAUUUUACAAACAUUUUGGAUAAAUAUUGAGAAAACUAAUAUAAUGAGGACAAGUGCUGUGUACUUUUUGACCUUUUGAUGUGUGGUGCUACCCCAGGGUAUAGAAGAGGGGGUAGACGGUGAGAUUUAGAUGCAGGUAAGAAUGGCUAAAAUGAGCUAAAGAUUAAUAUAAAUGAAUACAUCUCAGAUUGGGCUCCUUUUCCUAAACAAAGUAUACUUGUUUGUUGAUUGAGCAGUUAACAGCCUGCUGAUUUGUAUCAGUGUGAACAUGCACACCGAUAAUUUUUAUUCCUUUGCCUAUAUCAUUUGUUCAUUCAGUUAAGACUCUCAAACUGUUUUAACCGUUUGAUCAUUUACAAGGAUGUCUUGCAGCACGUUAUGGUGUGGAAUAAGACCUUACUUUUGAAUAAAAUUUGUGAAAAAGUUGGUUUUGUUAUUAAUUUUGCGUAUUGAUACUGUAUUGUUUUGUAAAACCAAAGAUUUAUGCCCUAUUGAAGAUUGUGGUGGGUUGUUGUAGACAAGUAGCAUUAAAAAGUAGAUUAUUAGGAUUGAACAGAGUACAUAGAUGUAGUGUGGGUCUGUUUUAUUCAGGUUGUGGAUGCAUCUGUGAAUAUUUUAUGACCUCUUGAGUAAAGUGUGUUUUUGCGCACAAGUUUGAAAAGGCAAGGAUCCUGAAUAUACCUUAUUUCAUCCCUUUUAUGCAGUCAAGGUUGAAGUGAUAAAUCUGUCAGACAGGUGAGGCUGACGAGGGUAAAUCUAAUGUCAGAUUAAAGUCUUUUAUUAGUUUAUUUUUCUCUUGUUAUACACAUUACAAGAAUGGUCAUGAAAGUUGGAAAUCAAACCACAUACCUUUGUGGGAAGAAGAUGUUUGUGUUUCCAUACGCCUGAUAUUUGAAAAGAAACCUUGUUCAUAAUUAAGGGGGAAUCCCACUGGUUUUGUUAAGGUAGACACCUGCCUGUCGCUUUGGUCUGACCUUCAGACUUCAUGCAUAGUCUCAUCAGCUUCAUUCCUUGCUUGCAAGAAUAUUGUUAGAAUCUCCCCCACCCCUCUUUCUUCAGCUGGCACAAUACACACACAAACAUAGUGUGGCCCAAAAGUGUAAAAUGCAGACCCCCUUCUUUAAAGAGUUUGCAUAUUCAAAAACAUAGCCAUUCCUUUCAAUGUGACAUCAAAGUAACUGGAUGACCUUUUGUCAGAUUUUAAAAUUAUGCACUCUUUGAACUCUCGCUUGAAGCCUUACAUAGUUCUGAUGUCUUUGUCAUUAGACAGUCAUGUAGCUGUUAAAAUGCUGGCAUGUAAUUCUUUUCCUGUUCACUCUUCCAUCCCCACCCCAGAUAUUUUGCUCCAUCUUGUUGGAUGUUUUUUUGUUUGUUUCAGAUUGUAUGGUAUUAAUUAAAUUUUACAUGUAACAUGUUUUUAUUCCAAGCAGCUCCCUGAAUGCAAAGACAAAUAAAACAUUGUGCAUAA